GCCUGGUCAUUUUGAUUAUUUGCUCUUACAGGAAUUCUAAUUCAACUCAGCCAGAAGCCAAUAGCCAAUACGAACAGACACUGUCAAACAAACAAGUUCAGCUAACUGUCGAAAAGCCGAAGGGACUAAGACGAUAGUGACAUCUCGGAGAACCAGCAAAAACUAAUGUUGGUUAACCCAGCGAGAACAUCCAGUAGGCAGUCCCAUUGUCCAUUUUUAUAAUCAUCGGACCUCCAGUAAAGCGGAAGCCAGGUAGGCUACCGUUUCUACCCUUGUAUCAGUCAAAACAGAGAGGUGCGAAGACCCGUAGACGGAGGGGGAAGAGAGACAGAAGCAAACACAGCGAAAGCAACAUUCCUGCUUCACUCCAGUUACCGUCGUCACUCCACAAAAUCACGAAAUGACAGAAGUGUUGCCUGGAAGCACGCAGAAUUAAGGAGACGGAAAACCGAGAACGAUCCAGACUACUUAUUGACGUUUCUGAUUCCUCAUAGUUGUGCUGGCACCCGCUUGUUUUUAUAAGCUAAAGAACAUAAGUAUCCUUCAGUAAACAAUGCGUAUCCUGGAGAUAUGGGGAUGAUAAAUACAGCCAAUCUUCAAGGAAGAGAUAAUUUGACCAGUUUACGACAGAUGGGAAUUUGAACACGGAAGGAUUUGUGUACGCUUAUUUUCAUUACUACUGACAGUCUCGUUGCAUUUAAAUCAAUGUUAUAAACUCCUGCGCUGUUAUACUCACUUGAUUUGAAAUAAUCUGCAUCCUAAAAAGCGCUAGCGAUUUCAGUGAACAUGUCGUGGAUUUCACUAACCGAAAACCUAAUUGAGGAGUAUUUUCUGAUUUAGUUGCUAUGCCAAGAACCGGAUGGUGGGCAAUGUGGGUCAGUUUGGAUUGAGCGGAACAGCAAGAUGCUUCCAUGAAAAGACAACGGCACGCGCGUGUGUGAGAGUGUGUAUGCAUUUUCUUUCUUAGCGGGAUAAAGCUAACCCAAAGGUUCAGAAAAUAGACGUUAAUGCCUCCAGUCGUUCCUUUGGGAAUACAUUCGGAUUCUUGGAUUUUAUUUUAGGCCCGGGACUUCGUGGACUUGCAUUGUAAUAUGCAACCAGUCAGUAUCUUCAAAACAACAAUAGUCUCAAAGGGAAUCAAGUCGGAGAGCACAAGAAUAAAAUAAAGACAAUUGCCUGAAUUAAUACGGGGAAUUAUACCAGCCCCAUAAAAAAUGAGACGCACGCUUUAACAGGAAUACUAGAUUUUAUGACCGUCAGAGCACGACAGAAGAAAUACAUCUUCAACAUGUUUAAACGAGGCUGUGGGCUGGAGUUCCUGCUCAUCCUGUGCGGCCUGGAGCUGUCCUGGUCGUGCCCGCACCACUGCAUCUGCUACACCGCGCCCAGCACCGUCAGCUGCCAGGCGCACAACUUCCUGACGGUGCCAGAGGGCAUCCCGGCGCACAGCGAGCGCAUCUUCCUGCAGAACAACAAGAUCCAGCAGCUCCUGAGGGGCCACUUCACCGCCAACACCGCCAUGCUGUGGCUCUACUCCAACAACAUUUCCUACAUCCAGCCCUCCACCUUCAGCGGCUUCACCCAGCUGGAGGAGCUGGACCUGGGGGACAACCGCCACCUGGGCUCCCUGGCGCCAGACACCUUCCACGGGCUCAGCCGGCUCCACGCCCUGCACCUGUACCGCUGCGGCCUGAGCAGCCUGCCUACCGGCAUCUUCCAGGGCCUGCACAACCUGCAGUACCUCUAUCUGCAGGAGAACCAGCUGGAGUUCCUGGAGGACGACCUGUUUGUGGACCUGCUGAACCUCAGCCACCUGUUCCUGCACGGCAACCGCCUGUGGAGCCUGCACCAGAACACCUUCCGUGGGCUGGGCGGUUUGGACCGGCUGCUCCUGCACCACAACCGUCUGCAGUGGGUCCACCAGCUGGCCUUCCAUGACCUGCGGCGGCUCACCACACUCUUCCUCUUCAACAACUCCCUGACGGAGCUGGCGGGGGAGUGCCUGGCCCAGCUGCCCGCCCUGGAGUACCUGCGGCUCAACGACAACCCGUGGGAGUGCGACUGCAAGGCCCUGUCCCUGUGGGACUGGCUCCAGCGAUUCCGCGGCUCCACGUCCUCCCUGGGCUGCCAGGCCCCACCCGAGCUGGCCGGGAAAGACAUGAAGAGGCUCCUGAAGGAGGACUUCCCCAGCUGCGGGGGGUCCGAGUCCCUGCACCAGAGCAAGGGCGGGGCCUGGCCGGGCAGCGACAAGGUGUCGCUGAAGAAGGAGCACCACCCACGGCCACACCCGCACCACCCUCACCUGCCCCACCACGACCAGCACUACCCCUUCACCCCCUCGCCCCUGCCCCGUCCCCCGCCCCCCUCAGCCGAGGAGGAGGACGGAGCCGCGCCCCCCCUCAGGCCCCACCGGCCCCGGAACUGCACCAGGCAACGCAUCCGGGGCGGAAAGGGCAAGGGACCCAACGACGUGCACGGCGACAAGGAGUAUUCUCUCGACUUCGGCCCGGGGGGCAAGUACGACCCGUCCGUCCCAGGCUCCUCCCCCCCGCGGAGGAAGCACAAGUGCGGCCCCCGGCCCUCGGUGCGACCCCCCAGCGGGGUCAAGCAAGCGGACUCCAGCAGCCGAGCGACGCUCCUCUCCCCCCUGCUCCUCCUCUACACCUGUACCGCUUUGCCCUUCCUCCUGCCGCUCGCCGCCGAUAUACUCCGCUGACCCUCCGGGGGCCGCCACAGGGAUACUACAACCACAAUCAGUCCUCAGACAGACUCUACCGCUCCUACACUGCAUGUAUGAAAGUGCGUUUGUGUGCGACUGUGUGCGUGAAAGCUGCGUGUGAGGAGCUCCUGUCUUUUGCGAGAAAUUGAGGCGGGGAACUGAUUAUCGAACUUCAAAGAUAAGGGACCCCAGCAAAGAAAGGCAAAAGAGUCAUGUUUUCAAAGAUAUGAUGUUGGGAAAAAAAUCAAGAGUGAGAACGGAGCAAGCCUGCACUGCCAUAGUUGUUGCUGAUUGCUUUAUUCCUUGUUGUUGUUCUUCUUGUCUCUCUCCUUGGUUUUUAAUUAAUUUUUCCAUUGCGUUUUAUAUUAUUUACACACAGUGGACAAGACGUUCAGAGUAACCAGAACCAUAAGCUAGAGGUAGAGCAAAAAUAAUAGCCUUUAUUAUUAAAUUCCAGUUUCUAUUUUUGUCCUCUGAACACACAGAGGCUACAGUAUAUAGCUCCCAGGAUACUUACACCUCUCCUCAGUCUCUUUCCUGUUGAGAAUAACUGUCAUUUCUUAAUUUCUCCCUGUUAUUACUCCGAGAGAGACUGAGGUAAAGCACACCUGAAGGUAGCCAUCCAUAACUGUAAUAGCCACCUCACAUAUAUUGGACCAAGGCGCCUUGUUUAUCAGCAGCAGUACUCCGUACACCACAAUCGGUAGAUGGAAAGCAUUGGUGUUUCACUCAGAGAAAGCGCUCCAGUUCAUUGUUAAGGUUACAACUGCUUCUUUUUACGUGAAAUUCCCUUCUCCAGUCUCCAUGACACUGUUGGUGCCAUUAAAUCCAUGACACAUAUGGGUUCUUUACAGUGUGCUUUCUUAUUUCUUUUUUUUAUUUUUACUUUAGCUUUUUUUUUAUUACAUAAAUGAUAUUUUGUAUUAUGAUUUGUGUCUGUGCACAGUAAAAAAAAGCCAACUAUACACAAGCUGCUAUAUUCUUUAGUGAAGCAAAUGAGAUCCUGCUUAAAUCUCUGUUGCUUCGGGAGUGCUUUUUCCCCCAGGAAAGCAAGCUGUUCAGUAAAAGAAUAUUUAUGUGAGUUUCUUGUCUUAUUUGUCUGAUUGUUCAGAGAGACUUAAAAGGCCUUGGUGUUGAACAUGGAAGGGAGCUAAAAAGUGGUAAAAACAGUGGGUGAAAAGCAGUAAAAAAGGAAAAAGAUGGCAUUUCCUGUGACGUCUACCCCUUAUUGGAAUCUACUGUCUCUUGAUAUGAACAUUUCUACUUCACAAAGGAGAGGAAAAACUAAAAGAAAAGACUCUACCCUCUCAAAAAUAAAAAGAGAAUUGAUAAAUGACAAAAAAUAAAAACUGUCUUGUUGGCAAAUGUGAGGAAAUAUCAGAGAACUUAUUUAUUUAUUGAAAAAAUAAAUGUAUUCUUGUUGCCAAUGAAAAACAACGUGAAAACAGAACUUUCUACGCUGGCACGGACAAACAUGGAGGAUUCAAAAAAAUGUCUUACCUGCAAAUGUUGAUAUGCCGACAGUCAGUGAAGCACAGGACACUUGCUUGUGGAAUAUUCUCAGCAAAUGAGUUUGUGCACUUGGACAGACGGCAUACAACAGCGCCCCCUCUGGACUAGUUGAGUUUUAGUGCCCCAGACUAGAUGAUCCUAAGACUGUGUUUGUACUAAUGUGAACUCUAAAUCUAAAGUAAUAAGAAUAAUUACAGUGGUGAUUAUAACCAUUCAUUAUCAUGAAAAUGUUUAUAGCAUUCAAAGUGAUUACAGGGUUUCUGCUUCCCCUAAAGGGGAAGUGUGUUUUUCCUUUCUUUUCUGUUUUUCAUUUAAUUUUUUCUUCGUUUAUUUUUGGUUCAUUUUCUUAAUUUGCGAGUGUGGUCUUCUCUGCACCAUUUCAGAUAAACAGUGCACAAUUCUGUACUCCCUCAUUUUAGUCCUGUCCCCUGUGUCCUCCACCCCCCCUACAUGC